AUGGCAAUAUUAGACCACAAUUUGAUGCCCAUACCUUUUUAUGCAUUCAAGACAGUGUACGUAGCAUGGGACAUAGAGAAUUGCGCUGUCCCGCGCGGUCUUCCAGCUCGCACUGUCCUUGCAAGGAUCAGACGAUCACUAAGGAACCAAGGGUAUCAAGGAGAUAUCAGGAUUUUGGCCGUGGCCGCUAACCAAGACCGGGUUCCUCAGCAUAUACAGGACGUAUUGCUGAAUAACGGGGUUGAAUACUAUGAUUUGCACACAAAUGCGAAGCAAGCCAGCGAUGACGAAAUCGUGAAACGAAUUAGAGAGAAGAUGGGAUGUACAGAUCGAGGGAACUUUAUGUUGAUCAGCGGUGAUGGUGGUUUUGAGGGGGUGGUUAGAGAGCUCGAGACCGAAGGACAUAAUACAAUAUUGGCGUACAAUCUUGAAUCUGCGGCGGAGGCUAUACAAUACAAAGUUGGUUACACCCAUUUCCUGUGGUGGGAUUUAUUAAGGUGGUUCUAA